UCGGUUGAGUUUUUGAUAGAUAUUGUUUUUCGCUCUGUUUCCGUUUCGCUUGGAAUUCGCCGUUUUCGUGAUCGAAUAGUAGGCAAGCGCCUCCAAAUCCGCUCCCCCGCCUUUCGCCCAGAAACCGAAGUGUGAAACAAGCUUUUGCGUUCCAAGCUGAGACGAACGCACACACGUACGCCCAAAUUAUUAAAAAAAAUAAAAAAAACUAACAACAACGAUAAUACAAAUUGGCCACGCUAGUUGUUUGGGUUAAAUCAAUUAAGUGCGUCGGACAGAAGAAAGUCCACUGCGCCGAUCGAAGUGAUAAUCCAUCAAAAGCGCUUUUAUUGGGCCCUAAAAACAGAAAAAGAAAGUCGCCGCACAAAGGUUACACAACCAAAGCGUGCAAUUGACCCACGGAUCACGGAUCAGAGAUCAACGAUUACGGAUCACGUAUAUUCCCCCCUCUGAACUUUUUUCGGCUAGUGUGGAGCAACUAUGACGACUGCGGCGAAAGUAAUCUUGGCGUGCUGCCUGCUGGGCGCCUUCCAUAUGCAAAUCACCUCGUCAUCGGCCAUUCCCAUUUGGGAGUUUUUGACCCGCAACGAGAAGAUGUCCCACCUGUACUCCACAUUCGCCCAAUUAGUUAGCGUGCACUGCAAGUCGACUGCCGCCGUUGGAGGACUGCCGGUGAACCAGUGCAAGCACAAUCUGCUCACAUAUGGAUCCGCCAAGCUGCAGACGCUCUCCGACGCCCAACUGGAGUCGCUCGAUCCGUAUCAGCGCGAUGCCAACGAGCUGAUCUGGUCAUCGAUCAUGCGGGCGCAUCCGAGUGGAGCCAGCCUGGUGACCACCAGGCAGCCCCUGCAGCAGCCACUGCCCACGCCGCCAGCCUCCUCGCUGAUCAUCCUGACGCGCCAGCAGUUGCCACAGCCCAGUGCCGGCUCCAAUCCGAUCUUCGAGAGCGGCGAGCAGAAGCACAAGUACGCCAUGGACAUGGACAUGGCCUAUGGCUACCCCGCCAGCAGUGAGUUGCCAGUGGCCGCUGCUCUGACCAGUGAAGCACCCAAGAGCUAUCUCACUGGACCGCUAGUGAUCCGUGUGCGUCCCGAUGGCUCCCCAGUGGAGGAGGAUCGCCGGAUGCCUCUGCCCCGCGACGAGGAUCUGCCCUACUUCCGUCUGGGCCUGGCAGCCGCCGGUGCCCAGCAGCCCAACAGGCACCGCAAGAUCGCCACUAUUAGUGCUUUGAAGCAGCAGCAUUUCGCCUCCAUCCUGCAGCGCGAUCUGCAGCCACCGCAUCAGGUGCAGAGGCGUCUGUUCCGCCAGCAGCAGGCGUAAGAUCCUGGCCAGCGGAUCCCUAGUUCCCUAAGUACUUGUUUGUAUGCCGUGUGAAUGUGAUAGAUGAUCGUUGCACCAUUGAGUGCGAGAGCGAGAGCGAGAGAGAGUGGAUGAAUAGUUGUAGCCGUUUGAGGAGUUUUCUUGAAUGCACUUUUGAGCUUUAAUGGAAUUUCGUAUCAUAGCCAUUUAAGUUUUCUUUAAUUUUAUUUAUUCGCGUGCAUUAGCCGUAAGAUCAAAUAGAGAUUCUUGAGUAAUAAACCGCAUGAUGAUUAUCAUUGUUACGAACAUA